AUGCCAGACAAGACGAUCCCGAAAAUAACUACUGUACUGCUUGAGUUCUUCAUCAAACGAGAAAGCAAGGUUUCCCUCUUCCGCGACCCCCUGUCACACUUCUGCCAGGAGCAAGUGGUUCUGGCGGCCCAAGACUGCUUACAAAAGUUGAACCGGCAAGUCAUCACCUUCCAGGACAUCCGCGACAUGGUCGAGAACCUCAUCGGCCUUCACAGUUUGUGCAUGAAACGGGCUCCGGAGACGGCGAAAGAGCUGGGAACCACGAUACGUAAGCUGACCAUAAUCAUUGGCGAGUUGGCCACUUCUCUCGAGAAGAUCUGCGAAGUGACUGUCACCGACUGGAUGGCGAUCGGUGACAGCGUGGUCAGCAAAACAGAAAAGCUCAAUUUGGAGAACAUUCCGCCUUACACCACCUUCAUACCGAAGAUGAAGGAAUUCAGGCCACUCAAGCUUCUUGGCGCUGGCGGAUUUGGGGCGGUGUACAAAGCGGUGUACGCGCCGGCCAACUUACGUCUGCACCGUCAAGACUCGUACGUGACCAUGAUGGAGUACAUCUCGGGCGUGGACCUGAUGCGCGUGGUGACCAAGGCUACGUACCUGAAUAUCGACCACGUGCAAAUUGUCAUGGCGCAACUAAUUCUGGCACUGGAGCAUCUUCAUUUACGAGGCUUCUUGCAUCGUGAUGUGAAGGUGUCCAACAUGCUCAUCGUUCCUGGCGGCCGGGUCAAGCUGAUCGACUUUGACACCAACAAGGUCUGCCUCGGCCACUUUUCGAAACGACUCGUAAAGGGAUACUUCGCCAGGACAGCGUUUGAAUUUCAUGACGGCGAAUCUGCGGGAACGAUCCCGUACAUGGCUCCCGAGAUCCUUAAACGGCGGCCGUACGGUAGAGCCUGCGACUGGUGGUCUUCAGGCAUCGUAUUUUACAAGUUGAUGACUGGCAGAGUACCCUUCAGGGGAAGGACGAAGCAGCUACUACGAGAUCGCAUCAUUGGAGCACCACUGAAGUGGCCCAAGACCGAGGAGCAUCCGCACUCGGCAACGCCAGAAGCUAAGGACAUGGUGUUCAAGCUUCUGCGGAAAAACCCCAUAGAAAGGCUCGCCUCUCGGCAUUACCAGGACCUCAAGAACCACCCUUUCUUCGGCGGCUUCAACUGGAAAGUGUUGAGUGCGAACAAAUUUAUCUGCGAAAUACCGGCCAUCGCGGAAGCGAUGGGUGGCGGCGCAGCCACUUUGACCGCCGUCGACGAGGGAGGCGGCCGUGAGGUCUCGAAGAAGCCCAGGUCGUCCAAGCCGCCUUCGAGAGGGGAGUCGCCGCCCGAGAAAAAGGAGGAGCAGCAGCUUUGUGAGUCGCCGCUCUGGAAUCGAUACGUCGGCCCUCCUUUGUCAAGGCCAGCAAACAAAAAAAUAACGACCGCCGGUGCGACGACGAACACUAAGAAGCGGAAGCUGCAAAAGAUCGAAGGCAUGAUCGACAUGGAGCCCGACCUGCAAAAACCGCUCUACACGUACGCCUCGGCCAGCUUCAAGAAGCUCGUCCUCACGGUGAGCUGA